AUGACUGCGGCAUCUAUUCAUGGUGAUGAUGACGAGGACAAUGGUAUCAUUGAUAUUGAUGAGAUUCAAAACCAUGGUAUAUUGCAUCAUCCCCCUUUCCUCCUGCAGUCGCUGAUUUCUCUAGGGAUUGGAGCUUCCGAUAUCUCGAAGCUCAAAGCAAAUGGCAUACAUACCGUUGGUAGUCUACUUUCUACUACCACAAAGAAGCUCCUCCGAAUCAAAGGCUUUUCUGAUACCAAGGUCGAGAAAAUCAAAGAAGCUGCGAAGAAAACAUGUGCAAGUAUCCUCGACUUCACUACGGUCAUUGAAAUUUGCUGA